UCCAUCCGUCCAUCCUGUCCUUCUGAGGGCAGUGUUUCUUCUCUUCCAUGCAGUUACUGUAAACAUUCAUGGGAAAGAUUCAUCAGUGCAGCUGAACUCACCUUCUGAAAUGACGGAGACUACUCUUGAAGAGUCAGAAGAACCAACUGGAAAUGUCACCGCAACAAAGAAGAAGAAAGAGGUCCCCGACAGAGGUUCUUGGAAAGGCAAAUUUGACUUCUUGCUCUCCUGUGUAGGAUACGCCAUAGGUUUGGGCAACGUUUGGCGCUUCCCAUAUCUCUGUGGCAAAAAUGGAGGAGGUGCUUUCCUGAUUCCUUAUUUUCUGACGCUGGUGUUUGCUGGGAUUCCACUUUUCUUGCUGGAAACAGCUCUUGGACAAUACACCUCUGUUGGAGGACUCGGAGUGUGGAAACUAGCACCCAUGUUUAAAGGAGUUGGCCUGGCCGCAGUGGUUCUUUCUUUCUGGUUAAAUAUCUACUAUAUUAUCAUCAUUGCCUGGGCCCUCUAUUAUCUCUUCAACUCUUUCACUACGACCCUGCCCUGGCAGAGUUGUGGAAAUGCUUGGAAUACAGACAGAUGCUUCUCUAACUACUCCUUGAAUGACACCACCAACUUGACCAGCGCUGUGACCGAGUUCUGGGAAAGAAACAUGCACCAAAUGUCUGGAGGCCUGGGAGAGCCAGGAAAUGUUCGUUGGCCAUUGGCUGGGACACUUGCAUUAGCCUGGGUCCUGGUCUAUUUCUCUAUAUGGAAGGGGGUUGAGUGGACUGGAAAGGUUGUGUACUUCUCAGCUACUUAUCCAUAUUUCAUGCUGUUUAUUCUCUUCUUUCGUGGAGUCACCUUGCCGGGAGCCAAGGAGGGAAUCCUCUUUUACAUCACACCAGAUUUCAGCAAACUAUCUAAAUCUGAGGUCUGGAUGGAUGCAGCCACACAAAUAUUUUUCUCCUACGGUUUAGGGCUUGGCUCUCUCAUUGCCCUAGGAAGCUACAACACCUUUCACAACAAUGUCUACAGAGACUCCAUCAUUGUCUGCGGUAUAAAUUCUUCAACAAGCAUCUUUGCAGGAUUUGUUAUUUUCUCCAUUAUUGGUUUCAUGUCUCACAUCACCAAGAAGUCCAUAGCCGAAUUGGCAUCUUCAGGUCCAGGACUGGCCUUUCUUGCCUAUCCGCAGGUUGUCACACAGCUGCCAAUGUCUCCUCUCUGGUCAAUUCUCUUCUUUUCCAUGCUCAUGAUGCUUGGUCUUGACAGCCAGUUUUGCACAGUGGAAGGCUUCAUCACAGCCUUGAUGGAUGAGUACCCACACCUAUUGAGAAGAAGGAAGAAAAUCUUCAUUGCAAUAGUGUGUUUCAUUUCCUACCUCAUUGGGUUCUCCAACAUCACCCAGGGUGGCAUCUAUGUUUUCAAGCUGUUUGAUUAUUACUCUGCCAGCGGCAUGUGUCUCCUCUUCCUUGUCUUCUUUGAGACGAUCUCCAUCUCCUGGUGUUAUGGUGUCAACAGAUUUUAUAGCAAUAUUGAAGAGAUGAUUGGUUAUAGGCCCUGUGGAUGGUGGAAGAUAUGCUGGUCCUUCUUCACUCCACUUGUUUGCUUGGGGGUUUUCUUCUUCAGCGUUAUUGAAAUGACUCCCCUGAGUCUUGGGAAAUAUGUGUAUCCAUUUUGGGGACAAGGCAUUGGAUGGUGCAUGGCCUUGUCCUCCAUGGUCUUGAUUCCAGGAUACAUGCUAUACUUUUUCUUCACUGCAAAAGGAACAAUCCAACAGCGUUUUCGGCUGAUGACCCAACCCACGCCGGAUGUGGAACUUCAGCACAAUGGACUGCAAUUGAAGGCUUCACUCAAUGGGAGCGCCUCGGAGGCUGCUGUCUAGGCAGAGAAAAUGUCCUUUCUGUAACUUAAGGGACUUCAAGGGACCUGUUUAUGUUCUUAAAAUCUCCUCCCCUCCCCCUUAAAAAUAGCCCUGAAGUUGUUAUCUACUGGUCUGUAGAGGUUGAGUAUCUUCUAUCUGAAAUGCUUGGGAUCAGAAGCAUUUUUAAUUAUUAUUUUUGGAUCUUGAAUUAGCAUAUAUGGGGCUUCUGGGUGGACCAAAGUCUGGGAACCACUACCUCAGGCUGAUAUUCUUUCCCCUGAUCCUUUGUGAGCCACUUACCUUCUGUUAGAACAUCUGCAAGAGGAACAGAUGGACCCCAAGAUUUUGGCAACAAAAUCUAUAUUUCUAUAUGAAUUCAGGAAACAAAUUUAAACUAAUUUACUUGACAAAAAAGCACCUUGACAAAAGGCAUAUGUUGGUUUUCGGAGCUGACCAGUGGUUUACAUGAAGUCCUUAAAUGAAGCAUUGUGAUUAUUUUUUUUUUGAGUCGCAGACACAAUUGCAUCAUCUGCCUCCUCCCCAGUCUUCUGCACUUCCUCUGAAUGUAACAGCCAUAACUGAAGGAUUUCCCACCAAGGGCAUAUUGUUAUAAGUUAUCUCUAUACUAAUGAGAAACAUUAUUUUGCAAUGGCUAAGUCAAGUAAGGGCCAUUAGCUAUUCUGUUUUUGGUAGAGACAAAAUAUUAGCAUUGAUUUUUCAUCAUGGGUCAGGACAGCUCCCUCGCUUUUUUGGGCUCUCCUUGUGAUGAGAUAAUGAGUGGUGUCAUUGUCAACGCAUGUAGAUCAAAAUUUACCACCAUGCUGUGGGGCCAAAAGAGUGGGAAAGAUAUGUUUCAUUGAUUUUUUAUUUUUAAGUGUUUCUGUUUCUGCAUUGUAAUUUAGGGAUUUUCUUGUGGAUAGUUUUGCAAUUUUAAUUACUGUUAGCAGCCUCAACCACAGGGAGCCAUAAACAUUGGCAAUGAAAUGAACUCUUCCUCCCAACAUAGUAUAAAAGGCUUUAUAUGUUCCCAGAGAGGCUUAAAAUGCUGAUCCAUAAAAUGCUGAUGUGAAGAAGAGACUGUACUAUUAUCUGGCACAAUCUGGAUGUCCUUCUGAAUUCUCUUGGCUCCUGGGAAAGAGCUGUUGUUUUGAAGUAAAACCAGAGACAUAGAAGGAGUGAGAACUUGCUCUGGAACAGGCUUGUUUUUGAGAGCUAUGCCAUGUAGUUGGCUAUUGAAAUCUUGGGUUGAAGUAGUAAAUGAGUUGUCUUGUGCUCUGCUCUCUCCACUUACAGCUUGAUAAAGUUACUUUUUUGUACUACAACCCCCUGUAUCCCCAGCCAGUUUAACACAAUCCUGGGUCCUGUGGGCCCAAUGAUAGGUGAACAAUGCAAACACAAUUACAGUGAUUUAUAGGUAGUUUCCAAAUGUCAACCAGUUAAAGCCUAACACCAACAGUAUAAUAUAUUCUGUACUGAAACCAGCACAUGUAAACUGGGAUCUUAUGUUGCCCAAUUCAGCGAUGUGUGUGUCAAGGAUAAGAACUGGGAUCUCAUCACCAUGAAUUAGCUAAUAUGAAUCUGCUCUUACUUUACUCAGUGUGUGGAGGGCAGGGGAGAGGGAGAAGAAGGGCAGAACAUUGCCCAUCCCAGUUGGUUCAAGACUUUUAUCACAUAAGGUAGGCAAUCACACAAUGUUAUAUGCAUCCAGCUCCAACUUUGUCUCUCCCCCAAUGAGUCUCCCAUCCCUUUUCAUUAAUAAAACUCACCAAUAGCUUCCACCAUGUUCCCUUUAAUCACCUUAGUGCAACGGAUCCCUUCUGCCAUCAACCCUACAGUCAUGCAGUGUCAAUGGGUGAGAUUUUCUUCCUCUCCCCUUCUCCCCCUUCAUCCUUACUAUUCCUGAGCUAGUAAUUUUGUUCUCUAUCUAUCUGCUAGUCUGUUUAAUUUAUUUUUUAUGUUGAAAUUGUGAAUUAACACUAAAAAUAAAAAUAAUUUGAAACAGGCAGA